CUCUCGAACAUUCAUUCAUACAGAACAUCGAGCGCCAAAUUGAAAAAACAUUGAAACAUGGUGGUGGACCAAGAUCAGCAAUGGCUACUCAACUGCUUGACGGCAAGUCUCGACCCUAACCAAAACGUUCGUUCCUUCGCUGAAACCUCACUCAAUCAAGCCUCUCUUCAACCUGGAUUUGGUAGCGCAUUGUGCAGAGUUGCUGCUAACAAAGACCUCUCUUUGGGAUUGCGUCAAUUAGCUGCCGUACUGUUAAAGCAGUUCAUUAAGAAGCAUUGGAGAGAGAACGAGGACGGUUUUGAGUAUCCUGUUGUCUCAAAUGAGGAAAAGGCUCUUAUUCGAGGAUUACUCUUGGGCUCACUUGAUGACUCUCAUAGAAAAAUCUGUACGGCUAUUAGUAUGGAUAUAUCGUCAAUUGCUACAUAUGAUUGGCCAGAAGAGUGGCCUGAGCUUUUACCUUUUCUUUUGAAGUUGAUUAGCGAUCAGAACAACAUCAAUGGAGUUCAUGGAGCUUUGAGGUGUUUGGCUCUUCUCUCUGGUGACUUGGAUGACAAAGAUGUGCCUGCGCUGGUACCUGUGUUGUUUCCUUGCUUGCACGCAGUCGUAUCCUCUCCUCAGAGCUAUGACAAGUAUAUGCGAGGGAAAGCCCUUUCAAUUUUUUAUUCUUGUAUAUCUGUUCUUGGAGCAAUGAGUGGUGUGUACAAGGUUUGGAUGAAUCAGUUUUCACUUAUAUUGGAACAACCUGUGCAACCUGACGAACCUGAUGAUUGGAGUUUAAGAAUGGAGGUAUUGAAGUGCUUGAAUCAGUUCGUACAGAAUUUUCCAUUUCUCAUGGAAAGUGAACUGAUAGCUAUUAUGAGGCCAUUGUGGCACACAUUUGAGUCAUCUCUACAAGUCUAUCUUCGAUCGUCAGUUGAAGGUGCCGAAGACUCAUAUGAUGGAAGAUAUGAUUCAGAUGGUGAAGAAAAGAGUCUUGACACAUUUGUCAUCCAGCUAUUUGAGUUUCUAUCAACCAUUGUUAGCAGUAGAAGACUGGCAAAGGUUCUUGCCAGUAAUUUCAGAGAAUUGGUAUAUCAAACCGUUGCUUUCCUGCAGGUUACAGAACAACAGGUUCAUACGUGGUCCACGGAUGUAAACCAGUUUGUAGCCGAUGAAGAUGAGGGUAGCUACAGUUGUCGUAUAUCAGGUAUACUUUUGUUGGAGGAAGUUGUCAAUACUUUUGGUAGGGAAGGGAUCAACGCCGUUGUAGAUGCUGCUGGAAAGCGGUUCCAUGAGUCCCAAAAUGAAAAGAUAGCUGGUUCUCCGUCCUGGUGGAGAAUAAGAGAAGCUGCUCUCUUUGCUUUGGCUUCUCUUGCCGAUCAACUUGUUGAUGCUGAGGACUUGGGAACUGACCAUGCUAAUUUAACUAAAUUUAUUGAGCAAUUGAUAAUGGAAGAUACUGGAACUGGUUAUCAUGAAUGUCCUUUCCUUUAUGCCCGCAUAUUUACAGCAGUCGCUAAGUUCUCCUCUUUGCUCAACCCUAGAAUUCUUGAGCACUUCCUCAAUGCUGCUGUUAGAGCUAUCACUAUGGACGUGCCUCCACCUGUAAAAGUAGGCGCAUGUCGAGCACUUUUGCAGCUCCUACCUGAUAUGAACCGUUCAGUUAUUCUUCCUCAGAUCAUGAACUUAUUCUCAUCUCUCACUGAUCUUCUCCAUCAGGCUUCAGAUGAAACUUUGAUUUUGGUACUUGAAACUCUUCAACAAGCAAUUAAGGCUGGCCAUGAAGCAUCAGCCUCAAUUGAGUCUAUUAUCUCUCCAGUGAUUCUUAAUGUGUGGGUGGCACAUGUCUCUGAUCCCUUCAUAAGUAUCGAUAUAAUUGACGUCCUGGAGGCCAUAAAGAAUUCACCUGGCUGUCUGCACCCUCUGACAUCAAGGAUUUUACCAUUCAUCGGACCAGCUUUAAAUAAGCCCCAUCAGCAAUCUGAAGGACUAGUCAGUGGAUCCUUGGAUCUUUUAACCAUGCUUCUCAAGGGUGCCCCAAGUGAUAUAGUGAAAACCGCGUAUGAAUUCUGCUUUGAUCCUGUCAUUCGUAUCAUACUCCACAGUGAGGACAAUAGUGAAUUACAGAAUGCAACAGAAUGUCUGGCAGCUUUUAUAUCUAGUGGAAAGCAAGAAUUGCUCUCUUGGAGUGGUGAUCCCAGCUUUACCAUGAGAAGUUUGCUUGAUGCAGCUUCUAGGCUUCUCAACCCUGAUCUGGAAUGUUCUGGAUCUUUAUUUGCUGGGAAGUACAUUCUGCAGCUUAUCUUGCAUCUUCCGUCAGAGAUGGCACCCCAUGUCCAGGAUCUGGUCGCCGCUCUUGUAAGACGGAUGCAGUCUGCUGAAAUAUCGGGUUUCAGAAGCUCAUUGCUACUGAUUUUUGCCAGAUUGGUUCAUAUGAGUUUUCCGAACGUUGGUCAAUUUAUUAAUCUGCUUGUUAGCGUACCAGCUGAUGGCCAUGAAAAUUCAUUUGCCUAUGUUAUGACAGAAUGGACUAAACAACAAGGGGAGAUACAAGGGGCAUAUCAAAUCAAAGUCACAUGUUCAGCUCUGGCCUUGCUACUGUCAACUAGACAUUCCGAAUUCGCGAAGGUCAAUGUCCCAGGCUAUCAGAUCCAGUCAAAUGGUGGCAUAACCACGCGCUCAAAAGCUAAAUCUGCUCCGGAACAGUGGACCAUUAUCCCUUUACCCAUGAAGAUACUGGCAUUACUAGCUGAUACGUUGAUUGAAAUUCAAGAGCAAGUUUUGGGUGGUGAAGAUGAGGAUAGUGAAUGGGAAGAAGUCGAUGAAGUAAACGUUGAAGGUGAGAAAGACCUGCUACGUUCAACUGGUGCCUCUCAAUCAAGCAAACCCUCAUAUGAUCAACUUGAAGCAAUGGCUCGAACUUUUGAGAACCAAGAUGAUGGGGAUGGUGAUGAUGACUUCCAUGUUACCGACCCCCUGAAUGAGAUUAAUCUAGCAAGUUACCUGGCUGAUUUUAUGUUGAAGUUUUCGAGUGGAGACCGGCCUUUGUUUGAUAAUCUUUGCCAGGGCUUAACAAAUGCGCAAAGAAACGUGAUACAGACGGUACUGAACCGCUAGGUUUGGCGUUUACAACCCACAAAUCGUGUUUUGAGUGUUGAUUUUUUUUGCCAGUUGAUUGAUACUUUGGGAUUAAAGAAGUGGUAGCAACAUCCCUUUUGUAAGAGUGGCAUUUUUUUCAUAAUAUUCGACUUAUAAUAUAUCCCUCCGGUUUGAUGUUUUGAGAAGAAGAAAAAAUCUUCAGCUUCUGAUAUUUUUC